CCCCAGUUGGUGCGGCCGAGCUGGUAAGCUGGGUGAAGUAUAUAAGCCGCCGCGUUCUUCGUCUUCUUCUUCUCCACUAGAACCCUAAACCCUUCGCAACGUUUAAAUUUUUUUUUUUUUUUUUUGUUUUUUGUUUUUUUCUCUUUUUGUUUCUCUCUCCUUCAUCUCCACUCCAACUCUCUCUCUCUCUCUCUCUCUCUCUUUACCGCCUUUUACACUGUCUCAGCACUCUCAGACUUUCUCUCCGUCAUGGCUCAUAGCGAGGUUGCGACGGAGUCGGUAGAGGCGGUUCAGUUUGGGUUUAUGACAGACGAAGACGUUCGUAAGCAUAGUUUUGUAAAGGUUACGAGCCCAAUUUUGUUGAACGAUGUGGAGCGACCCAUACCUGGUGGACUCUAUGAUCCAGCGAUGGGUCCUUUACAUGACGACGCAUAUUGCAUUUCUUGUGGCCAACGCUCAUAUUUCUGCCCUGGACAUUGUGGUCAUAUUGAUCUUGUUUCACCUGUCUAUAAUCCCUUGUUAUUUGAUAACCUUUAUGACCUUCUACAAAGAACUUGUUUUUCCUGCUAUCAUUUUCGGGCAGGUCGAAAACAGGUUGAGAAGUGUAUUUCUCAAUUGGAACUCAUCAUGAGAGGUGAUGUUGUUGGGGCAAAAGAGCUAGAUUCUGACUCACCUAGUCAAUUCUCAUAUGCAAAGGAUGAUGAUGGAAGGAUGUGCCACAGUGCCGAGUCUAAGCAGCAAGUGUGGACCUCUCUCCAUUUUACUGAAGUAAUGUCUGUUUUGAAAAAAAUUCUGAAACCAAAUUCUGCAAAAAGAGAUUCUGUGAAACAGAAUCCUUUCAAACAGAAGAAUAAACUGAAGACCACGAAAUGCAUGAAUUGCAGUGCUAAAAAUCCUAAGAUUAGCAGACCUACUUUCGGAUGGUUACAUAAGAGUAUGUCAGGUGCCCACAUUAGAGCAAAUGUUAUUAGUGGGUCCAACAUAGAAGGGCCUUUUGCUGAUGGACAUCAAGAGGCAUCGGUGUCUGACGAAGAAAUUAUUAAUGAUUCACCUCCCUGGGAUAAUGAUGUUGACAAAGAUAAUUCAGAUGCAUUUAGAGCUCUCUCUCCUGGAAGUCAAUCUUCUGUGAAGAAAAAUCAUAAAACAAAAGGCAGCAAAGUGCCUAAUAAGUAUUUUAAGCAAAAAAAAUCCUCUACAGGACCUUUGUUGCCAUCAGAGGUCAAAGAAAUUUUGAGGCUUCUGUGGGAAAAUGAGGCUCAACUUUGCUCGCUUAUUUGUAAUAUCCGGCAUCAGGGAUUUGGGAAGAAAGCAAGUUAUACAAUGUUUUUCUUGGAGAAUGUUCUUGUACCUCCAAUCAAAUUUCGUCCACCAGCCAAGGGUGGUGAUUCUGUGAUGGAGCAUCCUCAAACUGUUUUAUUAACUAAGGUAUUGCAGUCAAAUAUUGAUCUUGGAAAUGCUCAUAUAAACAACUCAGGAUAUGCAAAGAUAGUAAGCCGGUGGAUGGCUCUCCAACAGUCUAUCAAUGUGAUGUUUAAUAGCAAAAGUGCUGCAGGUCGAAAAGAGAUGGCUACAGGGAUAUGUCAGUUGCUGGAGAAGAAGGAGGGACUGUUUCGCCAGAAGAUGAUGGGAAAGAGAGUUAAUUAUGCAUGUCGAUCUGUCAUAUCACCGGAUCCCUAUUUGGCUGUCAAUGAAAUUGGAAUUCCUCCAUACUUUGCAUUAAGAUUAACAUAUCCUGAGAGGGUGACUCCAUGGAAUGUUGGGAAGUUGAGGGAUGCUAUCAUUAAUGGUUCUGAAAUCCAUCCUGGAGCCACACACUAUGUUGAUAAGUUAUCUACUGUUAGAUUAUUAGCUCGGAAAUCACGCAUUUCAGUGUCAAGAAAAUUACCCUCUUCUAGAGGGGGUUUAGUGCAACAUGGGAAGUUUUGUGAUUAUGAAUCUGAAGGAAAAUUUGUGUACCGCCACUUGCAAGAUGGAGAUAUUGUGCUUGUCAACCGACAACCUACACUUCACAAACCCAGUAUAAUGGCACAUGUAGUUCGCGUGUUGAAGGGAGAGAAAACAAUUCGCAUGCAUUAUGCAAAUUGCAGUACAUAUAAUGCUGAUUUUGACGGUGAUGAAAUGAAUGUACAUUUUCCGCAAGAUGAAAUUUCUCGUGCAGAAGCAUACAACAUAGUAAAUGCAAAUAAUCAAUAUGUCAAGCCUACCAGUGGUGAACCCAUUAGAGCCUUAAUUCAGGAUCACAUUGUCAGUGCUGUCCUUCUUUCAAAAAAGGAUACCUUUUUAGGAUGGGAGGAGUUUAAUCAACUUCUUUAUAGUUCUGGUGUUUCUGCCAUUGGAUCAAAGUCUCUCUCCAGGAAAUUUGGGCAUAAAGUUUUCAUGUCAAGUUCCGAAGAUGAGGUCUUCCCCCUUCUGCCUGCAAUUAUGAAACCUGAGCCUCUUUGGACAGGGAAGCAGGUUAUUACUGCAUUGUUAAAUCAUAUCACAAAGGGUUUUCUUCCAUUUUCUGUUGAAAAAGAUACAAAAGUUCCUCGAGACUUUUUCAAUGAUAAAACAGAGGAUAAUAAAUCAAAUGGAGAAAAUGAAGCUGGUAAUGCUAGAUCAAAGAAAGUGAACAAGCGAAGAGCACAAAAGGAAGCUGAUAAGGAUAGAAUGAAGAUGAAGGGGGAGCCAGAUGAGGACAAGUUAUUUAUAUAUAAAAAUAAUUUGGUUCGUGGUGUGAUUGACAAGGCUCAGUUUGGUGAAUAUGGUUUGGUCCACACUGUUCAGGAGCUCUAUGGCUCAAAUACAGCAGGGAAUUUGCUCUCUGCACUGAGUCGUUUAUUUACUGUUUAUUUGCAGAUGCAUGGAUUCACAUGUGGAGUCGAUGAUCUUUUACUGGUGGAAGUGAAAGACAGAGAAAGGAAGAAACUGCUUGAUAAAUGUGAUGAGAUUGGUGAAGAAGUUCAUUGUCAGUUUGUUAAGCUGAAAACUAAUGAAAAAUUAGAUCCCAUGAUCCUGCAGUUUAAUAUUGAAAAAACUAUUCGCAGUAAUGGAGAAGCUGCCUUGGCAUCCCUGGAUCGAAAAAUGAUUAGUCAACUAAAUGAUAGAACAAGCAAGUCUGAGGAACUCAAAGGAUUGUUGUCUAAAGGGCUAUAUAAGCCCCCUGCUAAAAAUUGUAUCUCUCUUAUGACUACAUCUGGAGCUAAAGGUGGUGCAGUCAAUUUCCAACAAAUAUCUUCACAUUUGGGCCAGCAAGAGCUAGAAGGAAAGCGAGUCCCACGGAUGGUUUCUGGCAAAACAUUGCCCUGCUUUCCUCCAUGGGAUUGGACUUCUCGAUCAGGAGGCCUUGUAAUUGAUCGCUUUCUUUCUGGUCUUCAUCCCCAGGAGUAUUAUUUCCAUUGCAUGGCUGGCCGUGAAGGGUUGGUUGAUACAGCUGUCAAAACGUCUCGAAGUGGAUAUCUACAAAGAUGCCUAAUAAAAAAUCUUGAAUGCCUUAAAGUUUGCUACGAUUACACUGUUCGUGAUUCUGAUGGUUCCAUCAUUCAGUUUUGUUAUGGAGAAGAUGGUGUGGAUGUCCAUCAGACAAGCUUUAUAGCAAACAUCGAAGCAUUUGCUGCUAAUAAGGAAACGAUCUACAAGAAAUGUCAUCAUCAAAUUGAUAAAUCCAAUGCUUACAUUAAGAAUUUGCCUCCUGCUCUUAUUAAGAAGACAGAGAAAUUCGUGCAGAAAUUGUCCAUGAAGCAAGAUCAUGACUUAUUGAAUCGAGAGGGGUUGUUAAGAUUAAUGGAGCAUAAAUAUCUCUCUAGUCUUGCCCAGCCAGGAGAGCCAGUCGGUGUUCUUGCUGCUCAGUCUGUAGGAGAGCCAUCUACACAGAUGACGUUAAAUACUUUUCAUCUAGCUGGUAGAGGUGAGAUGAAUGUGACCCUUGGAAUUCCACGCCUCCAAGAGAUCUUGAUGACUGCUUCUGAGAAAAUUAAAACUCCAUUUAUGACAUGUCCAUUGCAUGAGGGGAUAUCAGAGGAAGAUGCCAAGCGUCUUGCGGAUAAAUUGAAGAAAAUAACUGUGGCAGACAUAAUAGAUAGAAUGAAAGUCAGUGUCAAGCCAUUUGCCCUUCAUCAUGAUAAGGUUUGCCGUAUUUAUAAGCUUGAAAUGAAGCUUCACAAACCUGAGCAUUAUCCAAAAUAUGCUGAUGGUUCAUCAGAAGAUUGGGAGGAAACACUUAGUACUGUAUUUGUUAGGCAGUUGGAGGAUGACAUAGAAAAACAUGUAAAAUUGCUCUCCAAAAUUAAAGGCAUUAAAGAUUUCAUGGCUGACCCAAAGUCCAAGGAUUCAAAUGAAAUGGAGGAAGAUUUUUCUAAAAAUGAAUCUCAUCAUGAGGAAGAUGGUGAUGAUGAUGGUGAACAUGGUGAAGGGACUGACGAGGAUCUUGGUUUAGAUGCACAAAAACGAAAGCAGCAAGCUACAGACGAAGUGGACUAUGAAGAUGAUGCUAACAGGGAGAUAGAUGAAGGGAACAUGUCAGCUGGAUCUGACAGUGAAAAUGAUGAGUCAGUGAAUGAUGAGACUGAUAAUCUGGGUGCUAAAGAGGAAAGACAUCAUAUUAACCAUGGUGAAGGGAUUGAGGAUCUUCGUCUAGAUGCACAAAGGCAAAAGCAGCAAGCUACAGACAAGAUGGACUAUGAAGAUGGUUGUAAAGAGAAGGUGGGUGAUGGGAAAAUGUUGUUUGGAUAUGACAGUGAAAAUUAUGAGACUGAUAAUCCGAGCACUAAAGAGGAUACAGCUGAAAGGCAAUAUGAAGAUGGUAAUCUCUCUGAAUUACCCCAAAAGAAGACCAUGUCAAAUGCUGGAGAAGAGAAGAGGACCAAAACUAAACUAAAGCCAAACGAGAAAGACCGAAGAAUUUUUGUGGCAGCUAAGGGGUUUCACUUUGAGAUCCAUUUCAAAUUUAUUAAUGAACCACAUAUUUUACUGGCUCAGAUUGCUCAGGAGGCAGCCCAGAAGGUUUACAUCCAAAGCUCUGGGAACGUUAAUCACUGUCAACAAAUUACUUGCAAGGAAAAUCAAGUUAUUUACUAUGGAAGAAAUCCAAAAGAUAGGGAGGAAAUAUCAGCCAAAGAAAGAGAAAAGAUUCCAGCAUUACAGACCGCGGGAGUAGAUUUCUUUACAUUUUGGAAAUUGCAAGAUGCUCUUGACGUAAGGUAUAUAUAUUCUAAUGACAUCCAUGCUAUGCUGAAUACUUAUGGAAUAGAGGCUGCCAGAGAAACCAUCAUUAGAGAGGUUAUGAAUGUUUUCAAGUCCUAUGGUAUAUCUGUCAACAUACGCCACCUAUCCCUUAUUGCCGACUUUAUGACUCAUACUGGUAAGUUUCGUUCAAUGAACAGACUUGGAGGCAUAAGCGAUUCUAUUUCUCCUUUAAGUAGAAUGUGUUUUGAGACAGCUACUAAAUUCAUUAGGGAAGCAGCAUAUCAUGGUGAGAUGGAUGAUUUGGAAACCCCAUCUUCUAGGAUAUGUCUUGGAUUGCCAGUUAAAGUGGGUACUGGUUCAUUUGAUUUGAUGCAGAAAGUGGAAGUUUGAUGUACAAAUUAUAUUUUGUAAUUUUCUUUUUC